AGAGGCGAAGUCAUUAUUUGGAAUGUCCAUGGCUUUCAACAUAUGUUUUGCGAUGAAGGAGCAGUACGUGGAACAAAAAUCAGGCUGAGCAGUAAUGGCACGAAAGUCGCCUGCGGAUCGAACACUGGUAUCGUUAAUGUUUAUGAUGUGGCCGAUGUUCGUAACGAUAAUCACGCCAAGCCAUUGUUGACUGCUACAAAUCUGACCACAUCCUGCGAUUCUAUCUCUUUCAGCCACGAUUCGCAGAUAAUGGCUUUUAGCAGCAGAGUAAAGUUGACCAAUGUUGAGUGCAUCGAGUUUUCUCCACAUAGUGCAUAUCUUGGGUUCGGCUGCUCGAAUGGCCAGCUUGUGCUGGAACGACUUGAUUAUUACGAGGAAUAUUAG